UCGCUUUGGCUGCGUGACGCUUUCGGAGACGUACAGGCGCGCGCGUGCACCCCCCCCCUAACAACUUCCCACAAGCUGCGGCAAGCUCGAGUGAGAGCAAACCAUGGCUGACGGAGAAGGCGAGGAUGAAAUUCAGUUUCUGCGAACUAACGAUGAGGUGGUCCUACAGUGUUCGGCCACAAUACAUAAGGAGCAACAGAAACUCUGCCUUGCUGCUGAAGGCUUCGGAAACAGGCUGUGUUUCCUUGAAUCCAUCUCAAACUCCAAGAAUGUUCCUCCAGAUCUGUCAAUCUGUACUUUUGUCUUGGAGCAGUCACUGUCAGUUCGAGCUCUUCAGGAGAUGCUGGCUAGUACUGAAGAGAAGACUGGGGGAACAAUCCAAGGGGCUGGUCAUCGCACUUCGUUAUACGGCCACGCGAUACUUCUACGACACUCGUACAGUGGAAUGUACUUGUGUUGUCUAUCCACCUCGCGAUCAUCCACAGAUAAAUUAGCUUUUGAUGUGGGGCUGCAGGAGGACACCACAGGUGAGGCAUGCUGGUGGACCAUUCAUCCAGCAUCAAAGCAACGUUCUGAGGGAGAGAAGGUUAGAGUGGGGGAUGAUCUCAUCCUUGUCAGCAUCUCAUCGGAGAGAUAUCUGCAUCUAUCCUAUGGCAACCAGUGUCAAAAUGUAGACGCCGCUUUCCAGCAGACGCUCUGGAGCAUUACUCCAAUCUGUUCCGGUAGUGAAGUGGCACAAGGUUUCUUGAUAGGAGGGGAUGUCUUGCGCCUCCUUCAUGGUCACAUGGAUGAGUGUUUAACCGUUCCAUCAGAAGACCACGGGGAGGAGCAGAAGAGAACGGUGCAUUAUGAGGGCGGAGCAGUGUCCAGCCAUGCCAGGUCGCUGUGGAGGCUGGAGACACUGCGAGUUCUGUGGAGUGGUAGUCAUAUUCGCUGGGGUCAGCCGUUCAGACUGAGACAUGUGACAAGUGGGCGCUAUCUAAGUCUGACGGAGAAAUCAUUACUACUAAUGGAAAAAGACAAGGCCGAUGCCAAGUCAACAGCCUUUUGUUUCCGAUCUUCCAAGGAAAAGGUUGAGCUUGGUGUCAAAAAGGAAGUGGACGGAAUGGGGACCCCUGAUAUUAAGUACGGUGACUCCGUGUGUUACAUUCAACAUGUUGACACCGGUCUGUGGCUCACGUACCAGACUGCUGAUGCCAAAUCUGCACGCAUUGGUGACAUUCAAAGAAAGGCCCUCAUGCACCAUGAGGGUCACAUGGACGACGGGCUGACAUUGUCUCGUUCACAACACGAAGAAAGUCACACUGCCAGAGUCAUCCGCAGUACUGUCUUCUUAUUCAACCUGUUCAUCAGGAGUCUCGAUACAUUAAGAGCAAAAGGAAAGAGCGCAAGUUUCGAUAUCCCAAUUGACUCAAUCGGCCUGAGUCUUCAGGAUCUGAUUGGCUACUUCCAGCCACCUGAUGAUCACCUGGACCAUGAAGACAAGCAGAAUCUUCUUCGAGCUUUGAAAAACAGGCAGAACCUCUUUCAAGAAGAGGGAAUGAUCUCCCUGGUCUUGGAGUGUAUCGAUCGACUCCACGCCUAUAGCAGUGCGGCCCAUUUCACAGAAGCUGCUGGAAAGGAGGCAGGAGAGGCCUGGAGCUCCAGCCUUAACUCUCUCUACCAACUACUUGCUGCACUUAUCAGGGGUAACAGAAAGAACUGCGCUCAGUUUUCCGGUUCCUUAGACUGGCUCGUCAGCAGGCUGGAGAGACUGGAGGCCUCCUCUGGCAUACUUGAGGUCCUUCAUUGUGUCCUGGUGGAGAGUCCCGAAGCACUGAAUCUUAUCAAAGAGGGACAUAUCAAAUCCAUCAUUUCUCUUCUGGAUAAACAUGGACGCAAUCACAAGGUUCUCGACGUGUUGUGUUCACUUUGCGUGUGUCACGGUGUGGCUGUCCGCUCAAACCAGCACUUGAUCUGUGACAAUUUACUCCCCGGAAGAGACUUGUUACUUCAGACACGCCUGAUCGAUUACGUAAGCAGCAUGUGCCCUAAUAUCUUCCUGGGUGUCAGUGAAGGCUCCGCGCAGUACAAGAAGUGGUACUAUGAGCUGAUCGUAGACCAAGCGCUACCGUUUGUCACCGCUGAGGCGUCUCACCUCAGAGUGGGCUGGGCCAACACCGACGGUUAUAUGCCGUGCCCCAGCGGCGGGGAGGUUUGGGGCGGCAAUGGAGUGGGCGAUGAUCUCUACUCCUUUGGUUUUGAUGGCCUCCAUCUUUGGACAGGUUGUAUCGCAAAGAGUGUUAACUCGCCCAAUCAGCACCUUCUGAAAGCAGAUGAUGUGGUGAGCUGCUGCUUGGACCUCAGCGUGCCCAGUAUCUCCUUCAGGAUCAACGGCCAACCAGUUCAGGGCAUGUUUGAGAACUUCAACUCUGAUGGGCUUUUUUUCCCGGUGGCCAGCUUCUCUGCUGGAGUUAAGCUUCGUUUCCUUCUCGGGGGUCGACACGGAGAGUUUAAGUUCCUCCCUCCUCCAGGUUACGCUCCUUGCUUUGAGGCUGUGUUGCCCAGAGAAAAACUGAAACUGGAGCCCAGUCAACACCAGACUGCAGCCAGAGACCUUCUGGGGCCCACUAUCACAAUGAGCCAGGCAGCAUUCACACCGAUGCCUGUGAACACCAGUCAGAUUGUUUUGCCAUUUCACUUAGAGAAGAUCAAGGAGAAACUUGCAGAAAACAUCCAUGAGCUGUGGGUGAUGAACAAGAUUGAAAUUGGCUGGACUUAUGGUGUCGUACGAGAUGACACCAAACGGCAACACCCAUGCCUGGUGGAGUUUUCGAAAUUACCGGAACAGGAACGAAGUUACAACUUACAGAUGUCUGUGGAAACUCUGAAAACUCUUCUUGCUUUGGGGUGCCAUGUUGGUCUUGCAGAUGAACAUGCUGUGGAGAAAGUCAAAAGUUUAAAACUGUCUUCAAGCUAUGAGUUGUCUAGUGGUUACAAACCUGCUCCCCUGGACCUCUGUCACAUCAAAUUGACCUCCGCUCAGGAAGCCAUGGUGGACAAAUUGGCUGAAAAUGCACACAACGUCUGGGCCAGAGACCGCAUCCGUCAGGGUUGGACCUAUGGCAUUCAACAGGAUGUGAAGAGUCGGCGAAAUCCUCGUCUGGUGCCCUACGGUCUCUUGGAUGAGAGAACCAAGAAGUCAAACAAAGACAGUUUGAGAGAAGCUGUCAGAACUCUGCUUGGCUAUGGAUACAACUUGGAAGCUCCUGACCAGGACCACACUCUCUUUGACCAUAGCAAUAUGUCUGCUGAAAGGUUCCGGAUUUUCAGAGCUGAACGAUCCUAUUGCGUGAAUGCCGGAAAAUGGUACUUUGAGCUUGAGGUAUUGACUGCUGGAGAGAUGAGGGUUGGCUGGGCAAGACCAGGAUGUCUGCCAGAUCUCGAAUUGGGUUCAGAUGAACAGGCCUUUGUCUUUGAUGGAUUCAAGGUUCAACGCUGGCAUCAGGGCAAUGAGCACUUUGGACGCGCCUGGCAGGCAGGUGAUGUUGUUGGCUGUAUGGUGGACUUGAAUGAACACACCAUGAUGUUCACCCUUAAUGGAGAAAUACUGCUCGAUGACUCUGGAUCGGAACUGGCUUUCAAAGACUUUGACGUUGGUGAAGGUUUCAUCCCAGUGUGCAGUUUGGGUGUAUGCCAGGCUGGGAGGAUUGACUUUGGUAAACAUGUCAGCACCCUGAAAUACUUCACCAUAUGUGGUCUGCAGGAAGGCUAUGAACCCUUUGCUGUCAACAUGAACCGUGAUGUCACUCUAUGGCUCAGUAAAAGGCUACCCCAGUUUGUACCUAUACCACCUGACCACCAACAUAUCGAGGUGACAAGAAUGGAUGGAACAGUGGAUUCUUGUCCUUGUCUGAAGGUCACACAAAAGUCAUUUAGUUCACAGAACAGCAACACGGAUAUUACCUUCUACAGACUGAGCAUGCCCAUUGAAUGCGCCGAAUCCUUCUCCAAACCUCCGUCGUCCUCUGACCUCUUGUCUCUUAAGACAGAUCUGGAAGACUUUGAAAGGGAUUUUGAGGUCCUUGUGAAAACACCUCAUGGCCACAAUGGUCCAAGUGGUCCAGACAGAGGUGAAUUCAACAACCACAAAGAUUACCACCAAGAGAAAACCUCCAAACUCAAACCAAGGUUUUUGUUAAAGAAGAAUAAAGCAGACAACCUUUAUCGCACCCCUCCCUGUCUAUCAGAAGACGUGAUGGUUGAUGACAGGAAUGAAUACGAAGUACUCAUGCAAGCAUCGACUCACUCGUAUUCCGUAAGGAUCUUCCCUGGCCAGGAGCCCAGCAAUGUGUGGGUGGGCUGGGUCACCUCUGACUUCCAUCAGUAUGAACCUGGCUUUGGGUUGGACAAGGUCCAAACUGUAACCGUGACUUUGGGAGAUGAGAAAGGCAAAGUUCAUGAGAGUAUAAAACGCAGUAAUUGUUACAUGGUGUGGGCUGGAGAGAGCAGCAGUCCUGAAGGAAGGAAUAACAACGGUUUAGAGAUUGGAUGUUUGCUUGACACGGCAAACGGACUGCUCUCCUUUACCGCUAACGGCAAAGAGCUCAGCACAUACUACCAGUUGGAGCCCAGUACCAAACUCUUCCCAGCCGUCUUUGCCAAGGCUACCAGUCCCAAUGUGUUCCAGUUUGAACUGGGGCAAAUGAAGAAUGUGAUGCCUCUGUCGGCUGGUUUAUUUAAAAGUGAGAGGAAGAACUCGGUCCCUCAAUGUCCUCCAAGGCUGCAUGUCCAAUUUCUCACACCUGUAUUAUGGAGUCGUGUUCCCAACGACUAUCCCAAGGUGUCAGUAUCCCGAGCGAACGACCGACACGGCUGGCUGGUCCAAUGCAAUGAACCGUUACAGUUUUUCUCUCUGCACAUCCCUGAAGAGAACAGGUCACUGGAUGUCUUGGAGCUGACGGAGAGGAGAGAUUUAUUAAAGUUUCACUACCAUACCCUCCGAUUGUAUUCUGCAAUCUGUGCGUUGGGGAACAACCGGGUCGCUCAUGCACUUUGCUCCCAUGUGGAUGAGGCGCAGCUUCUGCAUGCCAUCGAGAGUCAAUAUAUGCCAGGUUUGCUUCGUGCAGGCUACUACGACCUCUUGAUCGACAUCCACCUGAGCAAUUACGCAACUGCUCGUCUUAUGAUGAACAACGAGUACAUUGUUCCGAUGACCGGCGAAACCAAGAGUAUCACCCUUUUUCCCAACGAGGAAAAAAAACACGGCGUGCCUGGCAUCGGGCUCAGCACUUCCCUGAGACCAAGGAUGCAAUUUACAUCCCCGAGUUUUGUCAGUGGUUCCGGAUCGUCACAAUUUACAGCUAAUUUCAACAACGGCGCAAUGGAUUCUUGCCAGUACAGCCCCGAAUUCCCCUUGGACGUAUUAAAAAGCAAAACUGUUGAGAUGCUGACUGAGGCAGUAUGUGAGGGAAACAUGCAUGUCAGAGAUCCCAUCGGAGGCAGCACUGAAUUUCUCUUUGUGCCGCUCAUUAAGCUUUUUUACACCAUGCUCAUCAUGGGUGUUUUCCAAAACGGAGAUCUGAAGAAAAUCCUGCGACUGAUCGAGCCGUCUGUGUUCUCCGAGAAAUUUGAGGAGGAAAUGCAGAAGAAGUUGGGAAAUGAGGAAGGAAAAGAAGAUGAAGGGCAAAGCAUACCCAAGGAGGGAUUGUUGCAAAUGAAACUACCAGAACCUGUCAAACUUCAGAUGUGCCACGUUCUUCAGUACCUGUGCGACUGCCAGGUGCGUCAUCGUAUCGAAGCAGUCGUCGCCUUUUCUGACGAUUUCGUAGCCUGUCUCCAAGAAAACCAGCGCUUUCGCUACAAUGAAGUCAUGCUGGCGCUCAACAUGUCUGCUGCUCUCACCGCCAAAAAGACCAAGGAGUUCCGUUCGCCACCUCAGGAGCAGAUCAACAUGUUGCUGAACUUUAAGAAGGAGAUGCAAGAGUGCCCCUGUCCCCAAUAUAUCCGAGAACAGCUGCUGGACUUCCAUGAGGACCUCAUGAAACACUGUGGAAUCGAAAUCAUCGAAGACAGCUCUUUAGACGGAGACAGUAAUUUCAACUUUCGAGGUCGACUGAUGUCCUUGGUGGAAAAAGUGUCUUACCUGAAGAACAAGAUUGUCAACCCGCCAAAGGAAAACACCGAUCGAAAACCCAGUACUUUACAGCAGUUGAUUUCAGAGACCAUGGUCCGCUGGGCUCAGGAAUCUGUUAUCGAGGAUCCAGAGCUUGUCAGAGCCAUGUUUGUCCUGUUGCACCGACAGUAUGAUGGCAUUGGAGGACAGGUUCGGGCUCUCCCCAAGACUUACACAAUCAACUCUGUAUCAAUCGAGGACACCAUCAACCUGCUCGCUGCUCUUGGCCAGAUAAGAUCGUUGCUGAGUGUAAGAAUGGGAAGAGAAGAAGAGAAGCUGAUGAUAAGGGGACUGGGUGAUAUUAUGAACAAUAAAGUGUUCUACCAGCAUCCUAACUUGAUGAGAGCGUUGGGGAUGCAUGAGACCGUCAUGGAGGUCAUGGUGAAUGUACUCAGUGGAGGAGUUUCAAAGGAAAUCACCUUUCCUAAAAUGGUGGCCAACUGUUGUCGUUUUCUUUGUUACUUCUGUCGAAUCAGCCGUCAAAACCAGAAAGCCAUGUUUGAUCAUCUCAGCUACUUGCUGGAGAACAGCAGUGUUGGCCUUGCAUCUCCAUCCAUGCGAGGAGCCACCCCUCUUGAUGUGGCUGCUGCAUCAGUGAUGGACAACAAUGAGUUGGCACUUGCUUUGAGAGAGCCAGAUUUGGAGAAGGUGGUUCAGUAUCUCGCUGGCUGUGGGCUGCAGAGCUGCACCAUGCUGGUGUGUAAAGGAUAUCCCGACAUUGGCUGGAACCCUGUGGAAGGAGAACGCUACCUUGACUUUUUGCGUUUUGCUGUAUUUUGCAAUGGUGAAAGUGUGGAAGAGAACGCUAACGUUGUGGUGAGACUUCUUAUCCGCCGACCGGAAUGUUUUGGCCCAGCGCUUCGGGGAGAAGGUGGUGAUGGAUUGUUGGCCACAAUGGAAGAAGCAAUUAAGAUUUCCCUUGAUCCUUUACGAGAUGGUCCUUCCUUGGCAUCAGAAAGCAGCAAUAUUCCUAAUGACCGGCGACAGGAAGAAGACGAUACCAUCCACUUGGGGAAUGCCAUCAUGACCUUCUAUGCAGCUCUGAUUGACCUGCUGGGACGUUGUGGUCCAGAGAUGCAUUUGAUACAUGCUGGUAAAGGCGAAGCGAUUCGCAUCAGAGCUAUUUUAAGGUCUCUCAUUCCCAUCGAAGAUCUUGUGGGGGUCAUCUGCAUCCCGUUCUCUAUGCCAAGCCUGGGAAAGGAUGGGGUGGUGUUGGAGCCAGACAUGUCAGCUGGCUUCUGUCCGGAUCAUAAAGCGGCCAUGGUGUUGUUUUUGGACCGGGUCUAUGGUGUACAAGACCAGAAUUUCCUCCUUCAUCUGCUGGAAGUUGGCUUCUUACCAGACCUCAGAGCUGCAGCUUCAUUGGACACUGCAGCUCUAAGUGCCACAGAUAUGGCUCUUGCCCUCAACCGGUAUCUCUGCACAGCGGUAUUGCCACUACUGACCAAAUGCGCACCGCUGUUUGCGGGGACGGAGCCAUUUGCGUCACUCAUCGAUUCCCUCCUUCAUACGGUUUACCGUCUAUCCAAAGGCUGCUGCCUUACCAAAGCUCAGAGAGAUUCCAUUGAAGAUUGCCUUCUAGCAGUUUGUGGUAAACUAAGGCCUUCAAUGAUGCAACAUCUCCUGAGGAGGCUCGUGUUUGACAUUCCCUUGCUGAAUGAACAUACCAAGAUGCCUUUGAAGCUUUUGACCAAUCACUAUGAGCGUUGUUGGAAGUACUACUGCCUGACUGCAGGCUGGGGCAGUUUUGGUGUUGCAUCUGAUGAAGAACUUCACCUUUCCAGGAAAUUAUUCUGGGGAAUAUUUGACGCUCUCUCUCAUAAACCAUAUGACCAGGAGCUGUUUAAGAUUGCGUUGUCAUGCCUUAGCGCAGUGGGAGGAGCUCUUCCUCCAGAUUAUAUGGAGUCCAAUUACAUGGCCAUGAUGGACAAACAAUCAUCUCUGGACUCCGAAGGAAACUUCACUCCACAACCUGCAGACACUGCCAAUGUAACAGUACCAGAAAAUUUGGACAUUUUCAUAGCCAGAUACGCAGAACAUAACCAUGAGAAGUGGUGUUUCGAAAAGUUAUCCAGUGGCUGGUCAUACGGGGAAAAUGCAUGUGAAAUAUCCAGGAGCCACAAUUUAUUAAAGCCAUUUAAAGCACUCUCUGAUAAGGAUAAAGAGUUCUACUGUUUGCCAAUCAGAGAGUGUCUAAAGACCAUGCUUUCUUGGGGAUGGAGCAUCAACAGGAUACGAGAAAGUGACAGUGCCAACCUCCAUAACAAAUCUCGGAGGAUAUCGCUGGCCAGCCAGCCGUCCUUGGAAGGAGCUCAGAGUUUCAAUCCCAGACCCACUGAUAUGAGCAAUGUUACAUUGUCCAGGGACACACAGUCAAUGGCAGAGCUGCUCGCUGAGAACUAUCACAACAUCUGGGCCAAGAAAAAGAAAAUCGAGCUUGAAGCCAAAGGUGGAGGAACUCACCCCUUAUUGGUUCCCUUCGAUACACUGACUGCCAAAGAGAAAUUAAAAGACAGACAAAAAGCACAGGAUAUCCUCAAGUUCCUCCAGAUCAAUGGUUACACUGUAUCAAGAGGUGUGAAGUCGCAGGAGUUGGACUCGCCGGCCACAGAGAAACGAUUUGCUUACACUUUCCUUUUGCAACUCAUCAAAAACGUCGACCAGGCCCACGAGCACAUGAUGAAGUUCGACAUAACGAGAACAAGACAAAAGGGAGUAAAGAGUCCUCAGGAACAACAGAUGAAGUUCUUUGGAAAGGUUGUCUUGCCAUUGGUGGAUCAAUACUUCAAAAACCAUCGGAUGUACUUCCUAUCUACAUCCAUCCAUCCCAUAAGCAGUGGUGGGCAUGCCUCCAACAAGGAGAAAGAGAUGGUAACAAGUCUUUUCUGCAAACUGGGAGUACUUGUCAGAAAUAGGAUAUCCUUAUUUGGUAAUAAUGCCACAUCCAUAGUAAACUGUUUGCAGAUAUUGGGACAAAGUCUGGAUGCCAGAACGGUGAUGAAGACAGGCUUGGAUUCAGUCAAGACGGCACUUCAGUCCUACUUCGACAGUGCGGCAGAAGCUUUGGAGAAGACUCAAGAGAACUUAAAGCUUGGUCAAUUUACUCACAGCAAAGAACAGCCCAGAGGCGUCCCUCAAAUCAUCAACUAUACCACCUUUGGCCUGCUUCCCAUCUUGUCUUCCUUGUUUGAACACAUUGGAAAGAAUCAUUUUGGAGAAGAUCUAAUAUUGGAUGAGGUCCAGGUUUCCUGCUACCGAAUCCUCAACAGUCUCUUUUCUGGAACCAAUGAAAGCAUAUUUGUAGAGAGACAUCGGCCGGCAUUAGGAAAAUGUUUGGCUGCUUUCUCAGCAGCCUUCCCAGUCGCCUUCCUCGAACCUCACGUUGACCAUUUCAACAACUUCUCAAUCUACAACAACAAAAGACCUAAAGACAGAAAUGAUCACGGUCUGCCGGGCCAGGUCAUAGACAUUUGUCCAAUGAUUCCAAAUUUGGAGAAGUUACUGGAAGAAAUCAUUGAGGUGGCAGAGUCUGGAAUUAAAUAUACUCAAAUGCCUCAUGUCAUGGAGGUAGUUUUACCAGUUUUGUGCAGCUACAUGUCUCACUGGUGGGAAGACGGACCAGAGAACAACCCAGAUCAAGCCGACAGCUGUUGUACAUCUGUGACUCUGAACCAUAUGAAUAUAUUACUCGGAAACAUCUGAAGAUCAUCUACAACAAUUAGGGAUCGACGAGGGGGCUGGAUGAAAAGACUUGCUGUGUUUUCUCAACCAAUCAUCAGCAAGGCCAAAUCGCAGUUGCUCAAGACGCACUUUCUGCCUCUGAUGAAGAAACUCCGAAAAAAAGCAGCCGUCGUACUCACGGAUGAGGAGCAAAGCAAGGCAGAGGGGAGGGGUGAGAUCUCAGAAACCGAGCUUCUCAUCAUGGACCAAUUCUCAGUUCUCGUCAGAGACAUCUACGCUUUUUAUCCUCUUCUCAUACGAUUUGUCGACUACAACAGGGCCACGUGGUUGAAGGAGUCCAAUCCAGAAGCAGAAGUGUUAUUCCACAUGGUGGCUGAAGUUUUCAUCUUCUGGGCCAAGUCUCACAACUUCAAGAGAGAAGAACAGAAUUUUGUGGUUCAGAAUGAAAUCAACAAUAUGUCUUUCCUCAUCUCAGAUUCCAACUCGAAGAUGUCAAAGGGAAUCGUUUCAUACCAGGAGAGAAAGAAGUUGAGGAGAAAGGGAGAGCGAUAUUCAAUGCAGACCAGUCUGAUUGUGGCAGCUCUCAAGCGACUACUGCCUGUCGGACUUAACGUUUGUGUUCCUGGUGAACAAGAGCUCAUUGCUCUCGCCAAGAACCGAUUCUCACAGAAAGAUACUGAGGAUGAAGUGCGUCAAGUCGUUCGAAACAACCUCCAUCUCCAAGGAAAGUUACAGGACCCCGCGACUCGCUGGCAAAGAGCCCUGUACAGAGACAUUCUCAAUCACUCUGAUAACACCUUUGACCCCGAGAAGAAUGUGGACAGAGUGCUGGACAUGGCUCAUGUCCUCUUCCACCUCGACCAGGUUGAGCAUCCUCAGCGCAGUAAAAAGGCCGUGUGGCAUAAAUUACUGUCGAAACAGAGAAAGAGAGCUGUCGUUGCUUGCUUUAGGAUGGCUCCUCUCUACAAUCUGCCCAGGCAUCGGGCUGUCAACUUGUUUCUUCAGGGCUAUGAGAAAUCCUGGAUUGAAGCGGAAGAACAUUUCUUUGAGGAUAAACUCAUCGAGGAUCUUGCUAAAUCAGGUGAACAAGAGCCAUUUGAAGAGGUGGAGGGAAUGAAACGCUUUGACCCGCUACACCAGCUCAUCCAGCUUUUCAGUCGAACGGCCCUUACAGAGAAGUGUAAACUGGAUGAAGAUCAUCUCUACAUGGCUUACGCAGAUAUCAUGGCCAAGAGCUGCCAUGAUGAAGAAGAUGAAGAUGGGGAGGAAGUGAAAAGUUUUGAAGAGAAGGAGAUGGAAAAGCAGAGGCUGUUAUACCAGCAGGAAAGGCUGCAUGAUCGCGGAGCUGCUGAAAUGGUACUUCAGACCAUUAGUGCCAGUAAAGGUGAGAUGGGUCCCAUGGUUGCCUCAACUCUAAAACUGGGCAUUGCAAUUCUCAAUGGAGGAAACUCCACUGUACAACUGAAAAUGCUGGAUUAUCUGAAGAACAGAAAGGACGUGGGCUUCUUUCAGAGUCUUGCUGGACUCAUGCAGUUGUGCAGUGUUCUCGAUCUAAAUGCAUUUGAGAGACAGAACAAAGCAGAAGGACUUGGGAUGAUCACUGAGGAGGGAUCCGGUGAGAAGGUUAUGCAGGAUGAUAAGUUUACCUGUGACCUCUUCCGCUUCCUUCAGCUUCUCUGCGAAGGACACAACUCGGAUUUCCAAAACUAUUUAAGGACUCAAACAGGGAACAAUACAACUGUCAACAUCAUCAUCUCAACUGUUGACUACCUCCUCAGAGUUCAGGAGUCGAUUAGUGAUUUCUACUGGUAUUACUCGGGCAAAGAUGUGAUUGAUGAGCAAGGCCAAAGGAACUUCUCAAAGGCUAUUCAUGUUGCCAAGCAGGUUUUCAACACACUCACAGAGUAUAUCCAGGGUCCAUGCACUGGCAAUCAGCAGAGUUUGGCACACAGUCGUCUGUGGGAUGCUGUCGUUGGCUUUCUGCACGUCUUUGCUCAUAUGCAGAUGAAAUUGUCUCAGGACUCGAGUCAGAUUGAGUUACUGAAGGAAUUGAUGGACCUUCAGAAAGACAUGGUGGUCAUGUUACUUUCAAUGAUGGAGGGCAAUGUGGUUAACGGGACGAUCGGAAAGCAGAUGGUGGACAUGCUGGUGGAAUCAUCAAACAAUGUGGAAAUGAUUUUGAAGUUCUUUGAUAUGUUCCUCAAGCUGAAAGAUGUCACCUCUUCAGAAGCCUUUAAAGAGUAUGACCCUGAUGGAAAAGGUGUCAUAUCCAAGAGGGACUUCCAGAAGGCAAUGGAGAACCAUAAGCACUAUACCCAGUCUGAGACUGAGUUUCUUCUCUCAUGUGCUGAAACGGAUGAAAAUGAACUCCUGGACUAUGAGGAAUUUGUGGAGCGCUUUCAUGAACCAGCCAAGGACAUCGGCUUCAACGUGGCGGUGUUGUUGACCAACUUGUCGGAGCACAUGCCUCAUGACAACCGACUGCACACCUUUCUGGAGCUGGCGGAGAGUGUUCUCAACUACUUCCAACCCUACCUGGGUAGGAUCGAGAUCAUGGGCAGUGCCAAGCGUAUCGAGAGAGUCUACUUUGAGAUCAGCGAGUCCAGCCGGACGCAGUGGGAGAAACCGCAGGUUAAAGAAUCCAAGCGUCAGUUCAUCUUUGACGUGGUGAACGAAGGAGGCGAGAAGGAAAAAAUGGAAUUGUUUGUGAAUUUCUGCGAGGACACCAUCUUUGAAAUGCAACUGGCCGCUCGGAUGUCCGACACCGGCGAGCGCUCGGCGGUGAAAGACGACAGUGAGCAAGGCAGACCGGAUGUGGAAAAUCCCGAGACCAGCUUCUUUUCAGUUACCACGGUUCACAUGGCACUAGUAGCGCUGCGGUUCAAUGUGAUCCUAUUGAUUAAGGUGCUGUCCAUGAAGAGUUUGAAGAAGAAAAUGAAGAAGAUUAAAAGCAUGACGUCAAAAGACAUGCUCACCGCCCUGCUUUCAUUCUACUUGUCUGUACUGCAAGGCCUCCUUCACAUGGUCUUCAGUGUGUUUCGAGGAUUUUGCAGAAUUUUAUACAAUAGUAUAUUUGGAGCCAAUCAGGUUGAUGGCACCAAGAGCAUAAAGGUGUCUGAGCUACUGGCUAACAUGCCUGACCCGACCCAGGAUGCAAUCAGACUGGAGGGGGAAGACAAAGAAAGAAAAUCCUAUGACAGAAGCUCAGUGAACGAGGACCUGGCAUACUUGGCUGUCAAUACCAGUGACUCGGAGCUGCUGUCGGACAUUUUUGGCUUGGACUUACGGAGAGAGGGAGGACAAUAUAAACUCAGUCCCCACAACCCUAAUGCCAGUCUCACUGAAAUGCUCAAUUCCCCACUUCCUUCCCCGCCACCUUCUGAGCCCAGACAAAGGCAACAGUUGAACAGCUCUUCUUUGGAUGAAGAGAAGGAAGCAAGACCGGUGAAUCCAUGUGAAAUAAAGAGAAAGAGUGAAGAGAAACAGGAGAAGAAUGAGAAGGUGAAGGCAAAUGUUAAAAGGCGUAGGAUCUGGAAGGAUGAACCUGAUUUGCAGGAGUCGGUGGUCUCAAAGAAGAUUGUUGCGUAUCAGCGAAAAGUCCUGAACUAUUUUGCGAGGAACUUCUACAACAUGAGGAUGCUCGCUCUAUUUGUUGCAUUUGCCAUCAACUUCAUUCUCCUAUUCUACAAGGUUUCUACAUCGUCAUCCGUGGCUGAGGAAGUGAUCUCAAUCAAUCAAGCAGACAGCUCCAUUCAGUGGGAUCCGCUGGGUGGCGAGCCGAUGGUCGAAAUCAAAGACGGGUUCACGGAGGACCCGAAAGAGCCCUUGAAAUUAGCCAUGGUCCAUUUUGUUUUGGAAGAGGGCAGCGGAUACAUGGAGCCGACACUGCGGAUCUUGGCUAUCCUUCACACGGUCAUCUCUUUCUUCUGCAUUAUCGGAUAUUACUGUCUCAAGGUUCCGCUGGUGAUCUUUAAGCGCGAAAAGGAGGUAGCCAGGAAGUUGGAGUUUGAUGGCCUUUACAUAACAGAGCAACCAUCUGAGGAUGAUAUCAAAGGACAGUGGGACCGAUUGGUUAUUAACACACAAUCUUUCCCCAACAACUACUGGGAUAAGUUUGUGAAGCGAAAGGUGAUGGAUAAAUAUGGAGAAUUUUAUGGUCAUGACAGGAUCAGUGAACUUCUGGGAUUGGACAAGGCUGCCCUGGCCUUCAGUGAUGCUCAUAAAAAAAGGAAGCCCAGAAAAGACAGCUACCUGGCAGCGGUGCUGAACUCCAUUGAUGUCAAGUACCAAAUCUGGAAGUUGGGAGUGGUGUUCACUGACAAUUCGUUUCUGUAUCUGGCCUGGUAUAUGACCAUGUCUGUCCUGGGUCACUACAACAACUUUUUCUUUGCUGCACAUCUGCUUGACAUCGCAAUGGGUUUCAAGACACUCCGGACUAUCCUGUCUUCAGUAACGCACAACGGCAAACAGUUGGUGUUAACAGUCGGCCUAUUAGCAGUGGUGGUGUAUUUGUACACAGUAGUAGCCUUCAACUUCUUCCGAAAGUUCUACAACAAGAGUGAAGAUGGAGAAUUACCUGACAUGAAAUGUGAUGACAUGUUGACAUGCUACAUGUUCCACAUGUAUGUAGGUGUGCGAGCAGGGGGGGGCAUCGGUGACCAGAUUGAGGACCCGGCAGGAGACGAAUACGAGAUCUAUCGCAUCAUAUUUGACAUCACCUUCUUCUUCUUUGUCAUUGUAAUUCUGCUGGCAAUCAUCCAAGGUUUAAUCAUUGAUGCUUUUGGAGAACUGCGGGAUCAGCAAGAACAAGUGAAAGAGGACAUGGAGACAAAGUGUUUUAUCUGCGGAAUAGGCAAUGACUACUUCGACACAGUGCCGCAUGGCUUUGAAACACACACUCUGCAGGAGCACAACUUGGCCAAUUACCUAUUCUUUGUGAUGUAUCUUAUCAACAAAGAUGAAACGGAGCACACAGGACAGGAAUCUUAUGUUUGGAAGAUGUACCAGGAACGUUGUUGGGAGUUCUUCCCGGCUGGAGAUUGUUUCCGCAAACAGUAUGAAGAUCAGCUGAACUGAUCUGUCUCCGGAGUUCUUCUCCCUUCCGGUGGUUCCUUGCAUGUGUUCUGAACCACAAGAUUAUGCCUGGAAACACUCCCCCAUACAAAAUGGCUUCUAAAAGCAGACCAACUGACUUUCAUCCAAGAUCUUCCUAAUUCAGUCGGUCACCUUGAUGACUCUGCCCCACCUUGCAGCACACUUGUUUCGGGAUAUUUUGUGUACAUGGAAAUGAUAUGAUGAUACUGGGUCACCAAAAAGUUUGGAUACAUGCUAAAAAAAAACAAUUUUAUUCCAUUUUAAUUUUGAGAAAUAUUUUCAACAUCAUUUUCAGUGCAUCAUUUAAUGCGCUUUGCAAUAUUCAGCAAAAGUUGAUGGAAUAGAUUCACGAUGUAUCCAGACUUUAUGGACACAUCUUGUAAAAUCAAACUAUUGGCAUGUGACUGACAUCUUAAACUCAGACAUGAGUCGUUCUUUUUCUUGUAUUUGACACAACAGUAGCAGAAAAAA